AUGGGCAAAAAUAGCAAAAUUCUUCGUCUUAUAAACCAAAUAAAUAAUAUCUCUUAUAAACCUAUUCAUUAUGUUAACGAAUUUAUUGAACAAGCAAUUCUUGCUCAUAAUUCCCUUACAGAAGAAGAAAAAACCAAAGCAAUAAUAUUAAAUAGUAAAGAUUAUGACCGGGAUAAAAUUUGUUUUAAUUCAGGAACAAGAAGAAUUUGUGAAAAUUGUGACCAAGAAUGUUUAGCUACACUAUAUUGUGAAUAUUGUGUUCGAAAUUAUUUAAAAGUAAAUUUUUCAAAUUGGUUUGGAAAUCUACAAGUAAUACUUAAAGAAUUAGGAAGUGUUGAAAGUGCCAAUCGAAAUUGGUUUGAAGAGGCUAAAUCACACUUAACCAUAAGUAAUAAAUACAUAGCUAUUGUUCAAUGUGUUGGUUUAACACAAAAUCCAUCAAUUUACAACUUUACAUGGAAAGAAAGAAUUCAUAUUAUUUAUGAAAUAAUUCAAGCACUUGGUCUAAUUCAUAAAGAGAAAUCGAUUCAUAGAGAUUUGCAUUCCGGAAAUAUAUUAUAUUCACAGCUUAAUGAUAGUUGGCGUGUUAGUGAUCUUGGAUUCUGUGGUCCUGCAGAUAAACCAUCAACAAGUAUAUAUGGAAAUCUUCCUUACAUAGCACCUGAAGUUAUUAAUGGAAGAGGAUAUACUUUUAAAUCUUUUAAAUCUGAUAUUUAUAGUAUUGCAAUACUUAUGUGGGAAAUUUCAUCUGGACAACUACCAUUUAUGAAUUACAAGCAUGAUCACAAUCUUGCAAUUAAUAUCAUUAACGGUAUGAGACCGAAAAUUCUACCAAAUAUUCCUUCGAAAUAUAAAAGUUUAAUGGAACAAUGUUGGGAUGCUAAUCCAUUAAAAAGACCUAAUACUUAUACACUUUUGAAAAAAAUAAAAGAAAUUAAGUCAUAUUAUCAAAAUAACCCAAAUGAAUUACUCAACAAAAUAUUUGAAAACCUACCUGAGCCAAAAAAUGCGACAGAAGAACAAAAAAAAGCAUUUUAUACUAGUAAAUUAUAUGAUUUUAGUAUUCCUGAUAAUAUUAGUAAUCUUGGCAAAUCAAGUAAACGGUAUACUUCAAUUAAUUAUAAAGAUAAUAAAGAUAAUGAUAAAGAAUCUCCCAGAUCAUUUAAAAGGUUGAAAUUAGAGAAUGUAGAUCUUAAAAGUGAAAGAGAAAUAACGCAACAACGAUCAAAUAUUGAUAUUAAUGAUAGGUAA